GCAUUGUCGACCUGACGUGGGCUGGGAAGCGCCGAUCGUCUUGUCCGCCGCCUGCAAUUCCAGACGUCGCUCCACGCUGCCCUCUUCCAGAACUGCCCCUGCCACGACUGCCAUCACCCUCUGGCCGAGCCCAUCACGACACUUGCAGCAGCACACCAUGUCGUCCGCAGAGACCGGACUGCCCGAGGGAUGGGAGGUGCGGCGGUCCAACACGAAGAACCUGCCGUACUACUUCCACGCGCAAACCAAGGACUCACGAUGGGAGCCGCCGGCGGGCACCGACCCGGACAAGCUCAAGGCGUACAUGGCGGCCAAGCACAGUUCCAAAGGCGUUGGGCCUGCGGCGUCUGCGGCGACCGAGGGCAAGAUUCGAUGCGCCCAUCUGCUUGUCAAGCACCGCGAUAGUCGACGCCCGGCCAGCUGGCGGGAACCCAACAUUACGCGAUCGGUGGACGAGGCGCGCAAGAUGAUUGACGAGUACCACGAGCAGAUCAAGUCUGGCAGCAAGACGCUGUCGGAGCUGGCCACGACCGAGUCGGACUGCAGCAGCGCGCGCAAGGGAGGUGACCUCGGCUUCUUCGGCAAGGGCGACAUGCAGAAGGAGUUUGAGCAGGCGGCGUUUGGGCUGGAAAAGGGCCAGGUCAGCGGCAUGGUGGAAACGGCCUCGGGCGUGCAUUUGAUCGAAAGGCUGGAAUAGGCGGCUUGCGGGGCCAAUAUCAGAGGGCGGUUGAAGCGAGGCUUGUCGGGACUACUAUAGCAGUAGAAGGGCCGCCAUGUGUGUGUGCCAUGAAUGAGGGAUUUACAGGGACGUCUUCUGCGGGCUGUGCUAGAUAAGAUGAUGGGUGGGUGGGUGUCAAGCGUGGCUCGGCUUGCAGCAAAAGCGCUCGAGACCAGACAAUCAAAGUUGUGCCUGCAAUGCUACCACGGUAGGCGACGCAAAAAUGAGACUGGCUAUAGCAGGUGCCGCGCAAUCGAAACAUGGUGUGCAAGUGGCAUGGGUGUGUGUGUGUGUGUGUGUGUGUUUUUUUACUUUAUUUUGUGGAGUAGGCGAUCAGGGACCGCUCGACUGCUACUGCUGUUGCUGCUACUGCUGCUGCUGCUAACUUUGAUGGGCGUGCUGACGGCAGGG